CCACGAGCGGGCUUAGUCAGUCAGCCGCGAGCCGCGGUGAACUGAAGGUGUGGGGAGUGUAUUUGUGGGCCGACGGGCCAAAAAUGGCGGAGCGUACGAAGACGACAGCCCCGGCCACCCGGCCAGUUCCCAUGAAGCUGUUCGCCACCUGGGAAGUGGACCGUACAGCGCCCGACUGCAUACCCAGGCUGUGCUCCCUGACCCUGACCCGGCUGGUGAUUCUACGGCCGCUUGGCUCCGAUCUAACUUCCAUCAGCAUCGCGGUGAAGAUGCACGGCUCGAAAAGGACGCUGCGCUCGAACGAGAUGGCCAUACCUCCUGGCGGCAUGCUGGACACCGAGCUGGAGCUGCAAUUCGCCCUUCAGUAUCCCCAUUUCCUGAAGAGGGACGGCAACAAGCUGCUGAUACUGCUGCAGAGACGGAAACGGUACAAGAAUCGCACGAUGCUCGGCUACAAGACCUUGGCCGAGGGUGUCAUCAACAUGGCGCAGGUUCUACAGAAGCAGAUGGACCUGGAGCUGGAGCUGGUAUCUUACAAGGCCGAGAAGUACGCCGGUCAUUCGGUCGCUUUCGCUCGCGUCAGCGUGGUUGCGUUGAGCUCGCAGCCGGUCGACCAGGACAAAAGACUGAUGAACGACCCGAACGAAAGACUCUGUCCGGAAUACAGCGACGAAGAGGAGGAGUUCAGCUCGGAGGGCGAGGCGGAGGGCAGCGACAGCGAGCCGACUCUCGAGAUGCACAGGCGGAAGAGCCGAGCGAAGAUUCCGAACGCCAGGAUUGUUGCAGAUGUAGUCGGGAAACGCGGCACUAAACAGUGGACAUUAUUGGAACACCGUGCACGAAACGGGCGUUUAAUUGAACGAUUGUCGCUGUUGCAGCAAAGGAAUUUAAAGCAGAAGUUCAUAGCCCUGCUGAAACGACGGUUUAGGGUAUCCGAGGAUCUUGAUCAGGAUCAAGAAGAGAUCGGACAGAAACUUUCAGGUGGAGACAUGGAGAUCGAGGAGCUGUUCGACGAGCUGGAAGACCUGUCCGACAGUGGCCCGGAGCUGGACACCAUGUCCGUCAGCAGCACGCCUAAGCCGUCCCUGCGUCCCUUCUUCAGCUCUAGUCGAUCCCUUCUGGCGCCACCUCAUUCCGUAGUAACCAACGAGGAGACCGGAAGCACUUCUGCGACGGCCGUAGGUCAACAGAGCGCAGGUCAGCCACCUAAAGAGAAACACCGUGUCGGACACACCACGCCAGAGCGAGGCGUGGAUAGGCAAAGCGAUGAUAGCUCCCGGAGAGCGGACAGUGAUUCGCAUCCGGAGAAUUGGACGGAUCACGAGGCGAACGAUCCCCCGAAUUACGUGCCGGGCUCGCCGCCGAAGUCCGAGCAGCACAAUAAAAACGAGGGCUCGGACAAAAGGACCAGACUUUUUGCCCGCGAUAGAGGCACGCCGGGUAGCAAUAAGUCUAAAAAGCACAGCCUCAGCGUAGACUUGAAGCCACCCGCCGACUUGAAUAGCUCCGAGCCAAGGAAAGCCUUAGUGGAGCAAUUAAGCCGCGUUUUACCCGAUGACAGUCUGCCAGACGCGGUGUCAUUGGUCUCAUUAUCGGAUCCUGGUGGAGCGUUGCUCGCCGCGAGGCUUCAGGAAAGGAACCACCGAGUUCUAACCACCGCCUCCCCUGCUGACAUUCGUGCCACGUUCACAUGCUUGGUCACACGAAUACAAAAAUUUUGCAAUAGCUCGGCGAAGCCCCCAGCACCGAUCAAAGUGGUGAUCGCCGGUGGAGACUGUUUCGUGAACGCGGUGCUACGCCAUUAUGUGGAUCUGCUGAGCUUUCGGCCGCCAGAUUGGCAGAAUUAUCUCAAGUUCUUGGUCGUGCCUCUGGGUUCCAACACAUUGUCGAAGUAUCUCAGCUCGAUAGACGGGAAGUACUCGAUGCUUUUUGGCGAGGAAUGGAAGGAGCUGCUCGAUAGGGAGGGCGGGGGUGCGGGCGAGUGCGCGGUGAGGGUGGCAGAGUAUUUGGCUGUCUCUGGAACCACCUUGCUGUUGCCAAUCGGUGAAGCCAUGGUUACCUACAGGGAGACAGACGACAGCAGCCAAAUAUUCAUCCCGUUCAUAAACGACGUGCGAGUGGGCUGCCCGGACAGCAGUUCCUCGGCUUCGGUGGAUCUGGACGAAACCAACGCAACGAUGUCCGGUUCGCCGCCGUCUUUGCCACCCGCUGGUCUGCCGAUUCCUCCACCAGGUCGGUUAACACCCCCGAGCAGUCCCAACGUUGGUCAACCGAUGAGGGAAGGCUGGGAACCGGUCGAGCUGCAGCUCGAUUACUGGAGCAAGCAGACCCAGGGUGAAAAGGGCAAGAACACCUUGAGGCAAGCGUUCAGGGCCCUUCACGUUCAAAGACUCCCACCACUCGGGGAAACGCACGGCAACCAUUUGUCCAUGAACUACACGACCAAGGAGAAAAAACAGAAAAUUUCAGAUUACUUCCUUUUUGCUUUCUUUCACGUAAUAUCAUCCCAUAACGUUGCUACUUUUACAGUAAUGAGGUUGGGCAAGAAGAAAGAAAAAGAGAAGGAAAACGAGCCAAAGAGUCAAACGGUCGACGGCGUCACGCGACUAAUUUGUUCUGCGAAAACUCAUAACAUUCCAUUAAGAGUGAGCAUCGACGGUACUGAGUGGUACGGCGUGAAAUUCUUCCAACUAUCGGCGCAGUGGCAAACGCACAUCAAGACGUUCCCGAUAGCCCUCUUGGAGUACAGUUCUCAACAGCAGUCUCCGAACACGACGUAAAACCUCCCCCGCACCCGUCAAAGGACACACGUUUUACCGUUUAUUUGUGUUCAUCGAUAUUGCCAAUUAGGAUCAUCAGCUUAAGCUUGCGCGCAAACCCGAUAACCAUCAAAUCCUACUGGUAGAUACAAAAGAAACAAACCAAAAACAAAAAAAAGACACGAAAGAAAGGUAAAAAGAGAAAAUUUAUGCAGCGAGUAGAGAAAAGCGUAGUCAGAAUACAGAGUCCUCCGCUUUGAAACUGGACGAGAAUGGAGCCGACCAGGCAAGUAUCCUAAUUCUGCCAAUUUCUAUACUUUGUUUUCUUCAUUUCCGUUGUUGCAAUCUAUAGCCUCCGUUAAGAAACAAUUUUAUCGGCUUUGUAUAAAAGUAAACGAGAGCGCGCGUGAAUAUAGAGACGGUAACACAUAUCGUAUUGAAAUUAUAAGGACACGAUUACAGUCCAUGGAUUUCGUUGGUUAUAUGGGAAUGCCGCAUCUGGUUCGAAUAGGAAAUCGUUCGAGCACAGACAAGAAAUUUUCUAAUAUGAAAUUCACUCUCCGUUUGUGCAAGACUUUUUAAGAAAACGCAGCGCGAUUUUAUAGCGGGUGCACGGCUAAGAUAGAUCUUUGUCUAAAUCGCAAAAACGACAAAAGGGAAAGCAGAGCAGGAGGGGGAGGGAAAGUUUCUGUCAUUAAAUUAUCUAUUUAUUUAAUUAACGCGGUUCUGCGAUAGACGGGGCGCGGCCAGCGACGUUAUCGAAGAAGUCUGUGAUACAGGCAAACAUUUCUCUUAGCGCACAAACCACGUUGGUGAACAUGGUCGGUGACGUACGCCGAUAGAGACACAAUUACACUCGUACACACGUACACACAGGUUCGUCGGAAAGAGAAUGACGAGAACAGUAUGCGAGCCUCCGGGAGAUAGAAAUCGAUACGACGAAGAAAAUAGCUCAUUAGUUCUUAUACUCCUUUUCUCGUUUAAGAUUUCGACGUAUUUUUUGUAUUCCAUUUUAUAGACUUUUAGCCCCAGGCUGCUGUAGUUUAAAUACUCUAUUUUCAGAUUUUAUUAUUUAAUACUUUAUUCCUAUAUUAGAACUCGAUUCCCGAUCUUCGAUAGAGUACGUGUGUACUCGAUCGCGAUUAUCGUUAAGCCGUUGAAAUGCGAGAGCGGAAGAGGUCGAGCAGACUCUUCUCGCGUAGACACAGAGAGAAGUGGUCGAAACGCAAAGUGGCUUGCACGUUUCCGUCGCGAGAAGACGGAGUUUAUGAUUUCAUUCGAAUCUUUUCCACUGUCGUAACGAAAGAGAAAUGAACGACGCGCCGCUGCGAGCAACAGUCCGGCUAGCUUAUCCUUCAGCCUUCGCACCUUAAAAACCAUAUCAUGAGAAAAUGAUAAACGAUAGGAACUAACGUUAACGUUGUCGUAGGAUUAGGAACAGAGUGAGAGCGAGUGAGAGCGAGCAAACAGAGAAAACAAUGAACAAGUUCUCCCUCGGGGAGGAACAAACUGUUUAGCGUAAGGGUAGAACACUAAAAGAAAACGUACUUUUUCGACUUCUUCCUUUUUGAUCAUAGCAACGAGACGAGAAACUUACGUGAAGAAAAGAGAACGAAAAAAGAUUCUAGAACAGUGCUUUACUGUUUCCAGCGACGUAGCCGUCGUCUUGACUGCCUAAUGCCAAAUUGAGAAAAGAAAAAGACAAAAAGAAGAAAAGAGAAUGGCAAAACGCCUACCGAAAUUUCCCCGAGAAUCCCGAAACGGAAAGAUAAGACUUUGAGGCGGCAUUCUGUUAGCAAGGAGCGAUAACGACGCCCGAACCGUUAACGAUGGCGAUUGCGUUUUGCCAAAGGAACAUCAGCAGUGGAGUCUUUCCUUGCACACCCUACAUCUACGUAUACAGCGAGGAUCAAAGUUGUUCGAAUAGUGUAAUCGUGAAAACGAACAAAUUUCUACUUGCAAAAAAAAAUAUUGAUAAUUACGCAUCGGCAUUCGCCUAGAAAAAUUGUGUGUAUCGUAUUUGGACAGUUCUUUAUAAACUUGCGUCAAAUGUAAGUUUUACUACAAGAAAUGACUGUACAAUAAGCAGAAAAAUGCCAGCAUUCUGUAGUAUUACGUGUUUUAUUUUGCUUCUGAAUACUUUAAUGUUUUUUCAAAGAUUCGAAUAUUGGGAACUAAAAAUGAAAAUUAUUUGUAAUUCAUUGAACACUGUUUCGGUAAAGCAUUCAGUACGAAAAUUUGUAAAUCAAUUAAAUCUUAGAGGCACAAGCGAGACGAGAUAAAAAUACAUCUCUUACAUUCUCACGCUUCCUGUACGAAUAUUUUUGCACCUCACUGUGUACAUACAUAUGCAUAGCCCACUUCUCCUGUUCUUUGCUAGUCAGCAAUUAGUUCUUAACAAGUAUCGAACUGCUAACGUAGUCUUACAUUUUACAUUUUUAACGGCUAAGAGCGGUAUCCUGAUUGUGCGAACUCCCGGAAAAAUAGUUGACUUAAAACUAACGGAUGGCAACGUAUAGUCGUUGCAAGACAAUCGUGUCAACUCUCGUCAUUAAUUCAUUUAUUCGCCCCUUAUGUUGUUAACCAAAGCCUUCUUGCAAAUGAAAUAGCAAUAAAAUUAUGUAACAAUUGAGAUCCCAAACAAUUCUUCAAUUUAACAACAGGGGAAGCUUUCAAACUCAUGUUGGAAGUGGGUCAUGACGUAAGGGUUGAAACUGAAGUACGGGAAAGUGGAGUUUGAAGUGCAGCUGCUUCAAUCUUCGCUAAGUCAUCGCAAUGAGACAUUUCUCAGCCUGAACUUUCUGGAAAAUUUAAACGAUUUUGAGUUGCCGAAAUUUCAGGGAAAGUAGUUAUUUUAAUUAACAAAAAUUUAAACGAUCUAACGAAAAGUUAGAAUUCUUGUACCCUAAGGAGAUGUGAAUAGCAUUCCUGAAGUGUAUACUUUCACUUCGAAUUAUCAGGAUCACUGUAAGUUUUAAAUAUUAAAAUUAAUUGUUUAGUUUCAGUGCUGAUCCUGAAGAAGUGAAGUUCUCGACUCCCGAAGAUUAGAGUUUACGGAUAAAUAUUUCAGUGUAGGCAACAUCCCUGAUUGACCUUGAAUAGUCAAUUCAUCCCGUUUGAAUGUGUAACAACACACGAAUCUUCGAAAGUCAAUGACGAGACAUUCUGACGAUCGCACUUGCGUUUACACGACAUACGUUGUCCCCUUUCGUUGAGCAUGCUGAAUUGUUUUCAGCAGUCGAACCUGCCAUAUAGUGUAUGUAUAUAUUUCUAUACACAUACAUAUAUAGAUAUUAUACGCUCCCACACAGUUUGAAGCAUCCAAGCACAUCUGUUCGCGCGUUGCUUCGCAGUUUUGCACAAUAUCGUUGAUUCUCCGUCGCGGUUCACCGUCGACGACAGCGUCACCCAUUUCCGAUGGUUGAACAGUUUUGCAGAGAUCAAAGCAGAGCCUCUAUACGCUCUCGAAGCGAUUAGGCUGAUUAGACUGUGGAUCUUUAAGCAAAGAAAUAUAUAUAUAUAUAUAAUUUAUCGAGCGAUCAACUGGAAUAUUAACAUUAUCUUACGUUCAAAUUUGUCGUCUAGAUAAUCACAAAAUUUGUCUACGUUUGGAAUAUAAUACAAUGUUUAAUUAUCUACACAUCAGAUCAUUAUGAAAAAUGUUUGCGUCGAUUUUAUCGAGUAAAAAAUUAAAUAGAGAGUUACUCUUUUUGUCGAUAAUCUUAAUAAGACCUUUUUUUUGUUAUGAAUUAACAAAAUUCGCAAUAUACUAGCUAAUUAACUGUUAUAGAUCAUGUUUGAUAUUAACAUAAGAAUUUAAGUAUGUUGUACAUUUAAUAAAAGAACAAAAUUCGCAGUCUAAUCGUGAUAAUCCCGAAAGUCGCGAAUCCAAAGCGUUUAUCCAAAAUGGAGGACGCUGUCACGAGUCGCGUAUAAGGCAUACUUUCGUUCUCGUGAUCGUGAAAGUGUUCGAAAAGACUAUAAAUUUAUCAUUCGUAGGCCCGCGAACGUUCAGUAUUGAGGCAGAAAUAGAACUGGUCUUUUCCUUCAUCUUUUCUUUUCCAACGGUAGUAGCCUGUUCGACAUAGCGUGUAAGCGAUUUUACGAUGUUUUAAUGUUCCUCGAAACCUUCUGUUUUUAUCGUCCAUCCUCCCUUCCCCCCGGCCCCUGAUGUUUCUUUCCUUCCGUUCGUGCAAUUGAAAAUGCUAUAAGCGUGUUUAGCCCGUCGACCGUUGUCUGUCGUCGAGUUUGCGUAUAUAUAAGCUUUGUAAAACGGCGCGAUUGACUCUUCUUAGGAUCGUAAUUAAAACUAUGAGACACGGGACGGAUUUUUCACAAGCGUGCGCGGCGAAGUUAGAGCAUCAGUGAAGUAAGUCUUUGGAUAAAAUACGGGGUACCUUGAUCGCAGGGCAUUAAUUUCACAAAAAUUUGUAUGAUUUCACUGUGAAAAAUUAAUGUACGUAUAUAAUUAGCUGCCGUCACGAGAUCGGAUGUUAAGAAUAGCUCGUCAAAAAUUUGUAACGCACUCGUCGCGUCCUGGACGUCUUUCGACCAAUAACACCGCCCCACUAGCUGCUCCACGGACAUAGUUACGUUACUGCAAACUGCCAUUCUGGGUGCGUAUGCGCGAAAAACCCGUCCCGUAUCUUAUCACUCUGUGAAGACACCACUGUCGUGUAAGGGACACGAGCGAGACAACGCCUGUAACGCGUGCUCACGGCCGAACCUUAAAACGCGACUUAUUGUUUUUUCGUUCGUUUCUUUCCAUUUUGUUGUUCCCCUUUUUUUCCCCGCCCUCCGUAAGGUUCUCUUUGACGCACGGUGUGUUCCGGCCAGUCGCGCGCUCGUUAAGACUUAAUGAUAAUUUCCAGAUUCUAGUCAAAAUAUGAGACCAUUGUUGCAAUUCGAACCGCGUUCGAUCGACGCGAGGUUUGUCGGGCCACCGUGUAUGUGUAGAAUCGUAUGCUGGGCAUGUAUCGCGACCCAACGGGAUCUUCUAUCGAGCGUCUGGAUCACGAUCAACGAUCUUGACUCGUUCGCGGGUCCGAGCUCGACGGCCGUCAGCACACGUUUGCCAGGGGAAGUAUUCUAAAAGGAAACAGACAAAAAAAAAAUAAUAUUAAUAAUAAUAUUAAUAAUGAAUUUGCUAUUGUUCGUCGGUGUAUAGUAAGAUUUAACACACACGUGUGGGCGGGCAACGUCCAAGCUCAAAGCUUACAAUAAUUAAAAGAAGUAAUUAAUAUAUUAAACGCGCGUGUUUGGUACAGCGACUAAGGAUCAUUAGAUGGCGUCUUCAUUUCCACGAGGUUUUUUAGACGUCUUUAUUGUACUGCUUACAAACGGCGGCGUCUAAUCGUACAUGUACAUAUUAUUAAACUUGUUAUCAAUGAUA